AUGAUGCAGGACUUCAAAACAGAGCUACAGCAGAACACGCUGACCAUAGCCAACAUCGCAAAAGCGGUCGACAUUAACUCGGCCAAGAUCAAAGAAUGUAAAGAAGAAUACAAGAUGCUGCAUGACGAAGUGAAACGACUUGAAAAGAAGAACACAGAGCUAGGAAAUAAAGCGGCAGAGAUUCCUCCACACUGGAGAGAGAAGAUGGAUUUCAUCCUGGACACGGUACACCGGCUGGGGACGAACAACACCAACCGCCCUCGUCAGAUCAUCAUGCAGUUCACAGGUCAGCACUUCAGAGAUGACAGAUCACCAAACUUCACCCCAUCUGCAAGAAUCUCAACAUCCGCUUCGCAGAAGACUUCACCAAAGAGGACAGAGAGGCACGUAGGGCUGUAUGGCCGAAAGUUGAGCAAGCAACAAAGGCAGGAACCAUGCUGGGUCUAUGUGCAUCAGUGCAAAGAACAGUGGGCCCAACAAUUGGAGGAUUUCUCUAUGAGAGCACAUAUCACGUCGGGCACUGAAAGACUGAACAUAACGGUGCAGCAUGAUUUUAAAAACGAGAGCAGCAGGAGAAUGCUGGAGAAAUGGGAUCCCGCUUCCCAAACGGAGCAGCAAGCUUUCUUAGAGAUCAUCACAUCAUCAGCAGAGCAAACAGAAGCCCAGAAGCCAUCACCCCGCACAGCCAGUGGUGAGUGUACAUCUCCUUGUCUGAAUGGUGGUCGGUGUGUCUAUCCAGACUCCUGUAACUGCACUUUAUACCACGCCACUGGAACACACUGCCAGACAGUCGCCAACCUAGGCUUUGAGCGAGAGAUGACAUGCCGCUCAUGGGGACAAUACAACUAUGAAACCUUUGAUGGACUUUAUUACUACUUCCCUGGAAAAUGCAGCUACACAUUACUGAGAGUCUGUGAAGAAAACACUCAGUCCAGUGUGCAUAUACAGGUGCAUAAUGACCCAAAAUGCAGUUCUUUCCCAUACUUCUGCACACGUUCAGUCAGCCUAUUCCUGCCUUGGGAGGGAGAGAUUAGAUUACAGAACUCCAGUGUUAUGUUCAAGGGUCAAAGUGUGCAGCUGCCUCAUAACAUCCAUGAUGUUGAGCUGGAGCGAAUCUCUGAUUACAUCAUAGUAUCACAACCACAGGUUUUCACACUGGCCUGGCAGGGGCUCACUGGCUCUGUGUACAUCAAGACGAGCCCUGAGUUUGUGGGACGCACCUGUGGACUGUGUGGGAAUUUCAAUGCUGACAUUCAGGAUGACCUUAAGACCAGCUAUGGUGUUUUGACGCAGGAUUUGGCUAUGUUCGGAAACAGCUGGGCAGAGGAAGAGCCACAGCUGGCCAGAUGUCCUAUUGUUCCCUCUCUCUAUCCUUCACCCUGUGCCACUCAAGAUCCUCAUGUCCUAUUGAAAGUGGAGGAGGUAUGUGCUACCCUACUGAAGAAGCCGUUUAAGUCCUGUCAUGAGUUUGUCAGUCCAUAUUCAUACAUGGCCAGCUGCUCCAAUGACCUCUGCCUUUCCAGUCCCAAUGGUGAUGUUGUGUGCCAGGUGUUCACAGAAUAUGCCAGGGCAUGUGCCCAUGCUGAACAUCCACUGCAUAACUGGAGAGCACACUUUCCUGUUUGUGAUGUUGAUUGUCCUGGCGAACUCCAUUUCAGAGAGUGUAUCACCUGCUGCCCUACACAUUGCAAUGUCGAACGCAAGUGCAUAGACAGCAAGCUGCAGUGUUUGGAUGGCUGCUACUGCCCUGAUGAUUUGAUCUAUGAAGACAGAGUGUGUGUUAAGGCAUCAGACUGUCCAUGUGAGCACCACGGUAUGCUGUACUCCUCUGGACACAUCAUACAAGAGGACUGCAACAACUGCACAUGCGAGGGGGGAGUAUGGAACUGCACUGAACACAACUGCCCAGGAGAGUGCUCUGUGACAGGAGAUAUGUUCUUCCAGUCAUUUGAUGGCCGCAUUUACACCUUUCCUGCUACGUGCCAGUAUGUUUUAGCCAAGAGCAGAAACUCUGGCAGGUUCACUGUGACCAUUCAGAAUGCACCCUGUGGAGCCAAUAUGGAUGGUGCUUGUAUACAGUCAGUGAACCUGGUGGUUGAUGAGGAUCCACGCACUGAGAUCACAAUGAGCCACAGUGGAGAGAUUUUUCUGGCAAGCCAGUUCAGGAUUUCACUGCCAUAUUCAAAUGAUGUGUUUCAGAUCCAGGAGCUGUCCUCCAUGUUUGUUCAGGUGAAGUCAUCGCAGGGUCUGCGGCUGCAGUAUAACUGGAGAGAGUUCAGGCUGUACCUCCAGUUGGAAGAACACUGGAGAGAUGAUACUGUGGGGCUCUGCGGGACCUUUAACGGAAACACUCAGGAUGAUUUCCUGUGAGUUUUCAACUGAUCACCCGGCUUCCUCGCACCCUCUGGCAUGAUUGAGAGCACACCAUACUUGUUUGGAAAUGCAUGGCGUGUUUCUUCAGCAUGUGUGCCACAGCCCAGCUUACCCCAGCUCGACCCCUGUGACACUCACCAGCAAGCAGCCCCCUAUGCAGUGGAGAAGUGUGACAUGCUGAUGCGGGAAGUGUUUUCUGCCUGUCACGAGUAUGUAAGUCCAGUGGCAUUCCAGCUACAAUGUCGGGCAGACGUAUGUAAGUGUGGAGCGCCGUGCCUUUGUUCCAUCAUCGCUCACUACGCACGGACCUGCAGGAGACACAGUGUCAUCAUUGAGUUCCGCACACACCUGCCUGAGUGCGCCGUCUUGUGUCCGCCUACUAUGGAGUAUGGAGUCUGCGUGUCUUCGUGUCAGCGCCGCUGCCUGUUUCUGUCUCAUCCACAGCCGUGUGGGGAUGAGUGUGAAGAGGGGUGUGUUUGCCCGGAAGGAACAUACUUCAACAUGCACACACACACCUGCGUGCCACGAAGUGAGUGUCCAUGCAGUUUUCUUGGUGCUGAUUACUCUCCUGGAGAUGUGAUCAUGACAUCAUCAGGUGUACAAAUUUGCCAAGAUGGAAAACUUGUUUCCCAGAGCUCAAUUAUUGAUAUGCUGUGUCCACCUGGGCAGUUUUAUGAGGAUUGUGGGAACAGAUUGGAUGAAUUCUCUGCCAGUAAAGGUUUAGCUUGUGAAAAGACCUGUGAGUCAUAUUUACUCAACCUUACCUGCUCCGCCCAUGAGCCAUGUGUGCCGGGCUGCGUCUGUCCUGCAGGGCUUCUAAAGCAUGGUGAUGAGUGUUUCGAGCCAAAUGCCUGCCCAUGUUUGUGGAAAGGAAAGGAAUAUUAUCCAGGAGACAGAGUGUCCUCCCCCUGCCAUCAGUGUGUGUGUCAGCAUGGCACAUUCCAGUGUGUGUUCCGCCCAUGUCCAUCGAUGUGCACAGCUUAUGGAGAUCGACACUACCGAACAUUUGACAGUUUCCUGUUUGAUUACAUUGGAGCAUGCAAGGUGUACUUGGUAAAGAGUUUGGUAGAUGUAAUGCUGACUAUCACAGCAGAGAAUGUUGACUGUUUUGAGAGUGGCGUGAUCUGCAGGAAAUCUCUCCUCAUCUCCAUCGGUCACUCCUUCAUUGUGUUUGAUGAUGACACCGGCAAACCUAACCCAUCCAGUGUGAUUGACAGGCAGAGAGUAUAUAUCUGGCAAGCAGGAUACUACACCAUUGUACAUCUUCUUGGAGAAGAUCUUACUGUGCUUUGGGAUAGAAAAACUACCAUCCAUAUACAAGCUGGACCUCGCUGGCAGGGCAAGCUUUCUGGUCUUUGUGGUAAUUUUGAUCAGAAGACUGCAAAUGAGAUGAGAACACCAGAGAACAUUGACUCAUCAACACCGCAGGAGUUUGGCAACAGCUGGACAGCAGCAGAGUGUGUGAACAGUCCUGAUAUAAGGCACCCCUGCAUUUUGAAUCCUCUCCGUGAGUCCUUUGCAAAAAGACAGUGUGGGAUUCUGCUCAGUGAAGUGUUUCAGAUCUGCCACCCAGUGGUAGAUGUCACAUGGUUCUAUAUGAACUGCCUGGUGGACACAUGUGGCUGCAACCGUGGAGGAGACUGUGAGUGUUUCUGCACAAGCGUUUCAGCAUAUGCUCACCGUUGCUGCCAAAAGGGCAUGACCAUUGACUGGCGCUCUCCUUCUGUCUGCCCUUAUGACUGUGAAUACUACAACAAAGCUUUAGGGAAGGGUCCUAUCAAACUGUUGACCUACAGAGAGAGAGGCACACUGUUGGCAGCCAAUUUGUCAAGUGGACUGGUGUACCCAAACAGGGAAAUAUUCAGUUCUGAUGAGGUUUUGACACUGUUCAUGAUGACACCAGGCCUCACCAAAGCCAGACUACAUGAUUCAUCACUGAUAUCAUUUGAGGCAGCAGACAGACCCAACUUCUUUUUAAGAGCAGAGCGCAAUGGCCAGCUGAGACUGCAGAAGUAUCAAGAGAUAGAGGCUUUCUGGGAUGCAGCUACAUUUGUGCAGCACAGGGACACAUGGGUCUCAGGCUUUGAUUCACUAGAAUCACUGGCACGGCCUGGAUUCUUUGUGCAUUUCAUGCAGUCCAGAAUCCAGCUUUUGAAAUACAGUCACUCAGACCGGUACCGCCAAGCUACACUGUUCAGACUUACAGGUGCUAUACCAGACUAUCCAAUUGGUCCUCGGUGUCAGUGGGUGUAUGAGUCUUGUGUGAGUCCAUGUUUUAGGACAUGCAGUGACCCAUCAGGUCUGAGUUGUAUCAGCAUCAUAAAGGUGGAAGGGUGCCUGCCGCAGUGUCCGGGUCACAUGGUUCUAGAUGAGGUCACUCAUAGAUGUGUCUAUCUGGAGGACUGCAUUAUGCCUGCAGUUGUUCCUCCAUUCACACCACCCAUUUCUACUGUAAUAUCUGCACACUCCUCUGAAAUUUCUACCUUGAGCGGCCCAGCAGGUUCUAUAUCAGCCACUACCAAUGCUAGCACCCCAGAAUCUACACCUACUACUCCCAUGUCAAGCACAGCAAAGCAAACAUCUUCCGCUGUCAGACCUGAGGUUGUGGAUACCAUUACCACAUUAACAACCUCCUCUUCCUCCACAAGCCUGCUGGCUUCCACACAGAGAACCACUAGAGAGCCAAGUAGUACCCACAGUCCCACUUCCCCCACCACUGUGCACUCUAGCACUGUCUCUGUCUCAUCUUUUCUUCCAUUAACCUCUACAAUAAGCAGGCCAUCAGAAUCUUCAACAUUACUCAUCAGUACCACAACUGUACCCUUACUGCUUACUUCAAGCCCUGUUCUGUCAUCGACCUCAAGCAAGGAGCUGACUAGAGAAAGCACUCAACCUGUCCUUCCAGUUUUGACCAGCAUGAGCCCCACAGAAGUCACAUCCCCAACUGACAAAGUGCCAUCUCCCCUCACUUCUAGUACAGAGACUCUCAGAGUCUCAGAGGCCUUAACACUAAUGGAAAAGACCACAACACCCACUGUGACUUCUACUGGUGGCACACAGUCUGCUUCAGAAUUUAUCAGUAGAACAAAACUCACUUCACCAUCAACCACAUCACCUAUAUUAGAAUCUAGUACCUUUGUCACCACAACAAAUCUUACCUUGUCAACUUCUAUACACACUCUGAAGACAACCCCUGAGAGUACCUCUGAAACCCAGAAACCUUUGAAGUUGGAAACUAUUUACACUUCACCUACAGAAUCAUUGUCCACCCACAUCCCUGUUGAAUCAAAAAGUUAUCUUGUUCCAUCACUGCCUUCAACUCAAACCAGACCUUUGGCUUUUUCAACCUCAACAACCUCAACAACCUCAAAGCAACCUGAAACUGCAAAAACAACAGUGUCUGUCUCAACAACUGUCCCAGCAACCAGCAUCAUCACAGUGUCAUCCCCUGAAUAUGUGCCAACAGAAACCACAGAUAAAACAGCAUAUCAGCCAACAUAUUCUCUGUAUACCUAUCCUGCUACUCCAACAACCGAAAGGACAUUACAGACUGAUUGGAGAGUAACCCAAACCAUGUCAACUCAAUCUGUGCCACCAGAAACAUCCCAAACAAGUGUGAGGACAACAGAAAUCCCACUUACCACCUACACCACCAUCCCAUCCACCUCAAUGACUGCAGAGGCAACAUCAACACUGUUUACAUCCCAUGUGUCGAUCACUGACAAAACAACCUCUACAGCUAUGUCCAUGUCAACAACACUAGGCCCUACAGAGUCUCACUGGGGUUCGGUUUCCACCACGACUCACCUCACAGACAAAGUAAGCACUUCCCCACUUCAUCCACCUUAUUCUAUGACCAGAACAACUACACUUAAUGAGAUCUCCCCAUCAUCACCAUCCACAUGGACAACGGCAACCUCAAUAGAUAAAUCCCCAACAAAAAUCACAGAAACAACUGUCACUUCUGAGGCAUCUUUGCUAAUUUCUACCACAACUGAUAAGAAGGUUGUUUCUACCACUCGAACAUCCACAAUCACACCCUUAAUUGUAUAUCCUGUCACAGAGACAACUCAAGUUUCUCCCGACAAGGAAACAACUGUGCUGUCAACUGCUGCAAUGACACAGACAUCAACAGAGCAGAGUGAGACCUUCAGCACCCUGCCUUCCAGAAUUACACCAAAAAUCAUAACCCGUGACACACCAGUUCUGACCUCUCCGGCGUUUGUGACUACCACACGACAAGAAACUCCAAGAGUUGUAGCCACGACCAGCAUUUCACCAGUGGCCAGGAUUGAAUCUACAUUAACAACACAACUUACUACCUUUUCCACAGAUAAAGUGACCACUGUUUCCACAGAUACAAAUACUACCAGUAUAUCUGUUGCUACUACAAGCACACAGACAUUGCACAGUCCCGUAACCACCACUGAAAUCACCUAUGGAUCUACAGAGCACACCAGUGAAUCUGGUCCAACCACAAUACUCCCAUCAUCAUCAACUGGAACAGCUACAUCUGCUCCAGUAUCCAGUUUUGCAUCAGUUGUUACCCAGACUACUAUUUCCACAUGGUUACCUGCUUCUCCCACUGUCACUGAGAGUAUUUCUGUCACCUCUGCUGAACACCCUCUGGUGGAUGAACAUAUCUCAGUCACAGCUAAGUCACCUGCUCCAGACACUGGCCUAACAACACUUGCUUCGUCUCUGAUGACCAGGCCUUCAUACACUAUUGAAACAGAGCACUGGAUGACAAGGCAGACACCUCCAGUUCCCAAAACAACAUCUCUCACACCCAGCAGAGUGUGCACUUCUCCAUAUUCAGAGGUAGUGGAUGAAUGCACUAAGCUUAUUUGUGUGAGUGGCCAGUUGCUGGUCUUCAAUAAAUCUCAGAGCUGCCCUUAUGAUCCUACGCCCCCAAACUGUGGUCUUCUUGGCUUUGCCGUGCUGGUCAAUGGUGACAAGUGUUGUCCACGAUGGGAUUGCCCAUGUCGUUGUUCAGUUUUUCCAGAUCUCAAUGUGAUCACGUUUGAUGGGAACAGUGUUGCAAUAUAUAAAGCUGCUUUAUAUGUGGUGACUCAACUUCCCAAUGAGACUGUAAGCAUCCUGGUACAGGAGUGUUCUGGACCAGACGACCCACCUUUCUGGAACUUUACCAAUUUGUGUCUGGCAGCUUUAAACAUCACUCACAAAUCCAACGAAGUUCUCAUCAACCGCCUGCAGAGACGUCUCUAUGUGAACUCCAGGUAUGCAAAGCCACGGUUUAAGAAGUUUGGUUUUGAGAUUCUAGACACAGGAAACAUGUAUCUGAUCCAAAGUCCAGCUGGUCUGAAGAUCCAGUGGUUCCACACUACAGGCAUGAUGGUGAUUGAGAUGGACAGUUAUAACAACAGACUUACCACCAUGGGCUUGUGUGGUAGUUGUGAUGGUAAUCCAUUGAAUGAUCUGACUCUGUCUAAUGGUACAGUUGUGACUGAACAAGAGGAUCCAGCCGUAUUCAUCGAUAGCUGGCAGAUUCCCAACACAACAAGCUACAUCAGCCACAGCAGAAAGAGGGAGGUCAACUGCACCACAAGUGACUGCUCCCAGUGCAUGAGCAUGUUGAACAACCAUACCUUCAAAAUCUGCCAUCCUUAUGUCCCUCCAUCAACAUUCUGUGAUAUGUGGGUGAGAGAUGUGGAGUAUGUGAAUAAUCCUUGUGUUGCUCUGGCUGCUUAUGCUGCAUCCUGCCACAAAUUCAACAUCUGCAUGGAAUGGAGGAGCGCUAAUUUCUGCCCAUUUAUGUGCCCAGAAAAUCUGCGGUACCAGGCAUGUCUGCCAACCUGCACUGCCCACUCCUGCCCAAACCAAGAGUUUGAGUUUGUCCCAGACCAAUGCACGGGCCUUACGGAGGGCUGUGUGUGUCCAGAGGGAACUCUCCUACACCGGCCAUAUUCUGCUCUCUGCAUUACACCCAGCAAGUGUGCAUGCACUGAUAGUUUUGGAACUCCACGGGCACUGGGCGAGGUGUGGAAAGCCUCUCUGAAUGGCUGCUGCAUGUAUAAGUGUGAGAACGACAGCAUUGUGCCUGUGGAGUAUAACUGCAGUAACAUCCCUCAGCCAGUGUGCACCCGUACAGGAGAGAUCAGCGUCAGCCUUACAGAUGACAGCAGCUGCUGCCCUCACAAAGCCUGUGUUUGUAAUCAGAGUAUGUGUGAGAUGGCUCCUGCAGACUGUAAAUAUGGGGAGAAGCUGGUGUCGUAUUAUAGGCAGGACUCCUGCUGUCCAGAAAACAUAUGUGAGUGUGAUCCUGAUCAGUGUGUCUUGGACAUCCCUGGUUGUCGAGAGGAUCAGAUAUUAAUCGUCACUCGUGCUGAAGGCAGCUGCUGUUUGGCCCACAUCUGCAUUUGUGACAAAUGUUCGGAGGGAGCUCCUGUGUGUCAAGAUGGAGAACUUCUGAUCGUGGACACAAACAGCACAGAACACUGCUGCCCAGUUUAUCACUGCUUGUGUGAGACCUCUCGAUGUUUAGAGGUCACAUGUCCAGUUGGCAUGGCUUUAGUUUCCUCAAGGAUUCCAGAACAGUGUUGUCCAGCAAAGACAUGUGAAUGUGCAUGUGAGAAAAUAAUUCGACCUAAAUGUUCUUUGGGGGAGAGUAUGCAGUUAGACAGGUCAUUUCUGUCUGAUCCAGAAAACCAGUGUAGCUGCAAACAAUUCAUGUGUGUGAGAGAGGCAGUGUGUGUGGAUGGACAAAGGGGAGUGAUGCGGCCGGGACAGACGUUGGUCGAGCACCGUGAACAGGGUGUGUGUUACACUACACAAUGCACACACACUCUGGACUCUGCCACAGGUUUCUAUGUCCUCAAAGCAACCAGCACUAACUGCACUGCACGUUGUCAGCCUAACCAAAUUUACAUCCCUCCUAAAGACCACAGCAGCUGCUGUGGGGUGUGUAAGAACAUCUCCUGCCUGCAGCAGAGUGACAAUGGAUCUGUAACUAUGUACAAGCCAGGGCGCAGCUGGGUGUCUGACUGCAUGCACUAUGACUGCACAGACACUCUGUCAGGACCUGUGCUUGUCUCUCACCCCUACAGCUGCCCCCACUUCAAUGAGACAGAAUGUAUGAAGAUUGGCGGCACUGUUGUUAGUUACAUGGAUGGAUGCUGCAAGACAUGUAAAGAGGAUGGAAAGUCUUGUCAGAAAGUGACAGUGAGGAUGACAAUUAGAAAGAAUGAUUGCCGUAGCAACCGACCGGUCAAUAUAGUGUCAUGUGAUGGAAAGUGUCCAUCUGCAAGUAUUUACAACUACAAUAUCAACACAUAUGCACGUUUCUGUAAGUGCUGCAGAGAGUUGGGGCUGCAGCGCCGUUCAGUCCAACUCUACUGUAGUGGAAACUCCACAUGGGUCAGCUACACCAUACAGGAACCAACGGACUGUUCCUGUCAGUGGUCUUAAAUCCACUGAAAGUGUAAACUAUAAAAGAAAGUGUUACCUAUAAUUCAACUUGAAAGUUAAUUUCACAAGCACCAUAAGGUCUUAAGUGUUGCAAAGUUUUUUGUUUGUUUUUUUGUUUGUUUGUAUGUUUUUCAAAUGUCUUUAAUAGUAUGUCAGAACAUUUUAUAAAUUGGGUGGCAGCAUGUUUGAAAUGUAAGUAAUGUGGAAGCACAUGCUCAGCUGUGUUUAUUAGAGGAUACAUGAAUCCAACAGCAGUAAUAACUACUUCAAAACUGCAGCUGUGCUCCUGUUAUGUAUAUAUGAAAUUCUACUUUGGAGAAGACUUACUAGUUGUAUUUACAGUAGAUACUUUUCUACAGGUAAUAUUACUUAAUGAUCUGAAUAUGAAGUGAUUUGACAUGUUUUGUAAUAAUCACAUGUUCAUUGAGUAAUUGACUAUAUGCUAUAUUUUGAGCACUUUAUUUAUUUAUUACCACAUAAGAACAAUUUCUUCAUUCAAGAUACAAGAUUUUAAAUGCAUACAGUAAGGAUAAAUUAUGCAUGGUUUUGAUCUAUGAAGCACUUCAAUUGAUGCAAAAUAAACAGUUAUUUUCAUGAUAUGGUCUAAAUUAUUUAGAUUUUAGAAACUUAAUUUGCUCUAUACAUUAUGGCACAUUUUAAAAACUGGUUUAGGUUCUUUUGUGAGCUACUGGAUUUAGUACUGACAUACCAAAUAUGUGAAGUUCCUGUUUUUGUAUCCACAGUAUUGCAAAAGGGCAUCAUAAUGAAUGCCUCUGUAUUUCAUAGACACAAUAAAAUAUUUUUGGGAGUGGAGCUUUCAUUAGGUUCUUGGUUUAAAAUACGUAUUGUCUGUUGAAGAA